AGCUCUCAUCACGAUCGCAACAAUGGCGGCGGCUGCGAAGGAGAUCUUAACACGGCGACCAGUGGCGGCAACAAUAAGGCUAACCGUUCCGGCGGGAGGAGCUAGGCCAGCACCACCGGUAGGUCCGGCGCUAGGUCAGUACAGGCUUAACCUGAUGGCUUUCUGCAAAGACUUCAACGCACGGACUCAAAAGUACAAACCAGACACUCCGAUGGCCGUGACGAUAACGGCGUUCAAGGACAACUCUUUCGAAUUCACCGUCAAGUCUCCGACGGUGUCGUGGUACAUCAAGAAAGCAGCUGGAGUCGAUAAAGGAAGCACGAGACCGGGUCAUUUGACGGUGACGACGCUAUCGGUGAGACACGUGUAUGAGAUCGCGAAGGUGAAGCAGACGGAUCCGUUUUGUCAGUAUAUGCCAUUGGAAUCGAUUUGCAAAUCUAUCAUUGGUACUGCUAAUUCUAUGGGUAUCAAGAUCGUUAAGGAUUUGGAGUGAUGAUUUAGGGUUUCUGAUGAAAGAGUGGAAUCAAUGUGCUUGCUUUUGAUUAGUAAAGUUAUAAAUCAUGAGAGAUUGUUCUGUGUUCUGGUUACUUCCAUUGUUUUGUUUGUUUCAAUGGAUAAUUGAGCUCCAAAAGCUUUUCAAAAUCAGAUAUUUUGUUUGAUCGUUUGGAGAAUUUGGGAAGUACAGAGAUCGUGUUGUUGUUCUUGGUGUAGAAUUCGGAUCGUUAUUAUAAGCAAAAUAAUCUAAAGUUCGUUCC